ACUGCUCUCCCUCUUUCUCCUUCCCUUCCCGAGUUCCGUCUUGCUUCUUCUUGCGAUCCACUCGGAGAUAAUGUGAGAAAAAAAGGGUUUCAACGCUUAAUUUCGCCUCCGCCAUUUGAGUCGUAUCCUUACUCUCUGAUUUACAUCUUCAUUACUCGAUGAUCAGUGAAGCUUCCUGCUCCGAAAUCCCACUCGAGUCUCCCCCGCCGCCGGUGGAGGCAUGUACUCAGCUCGCUCCGGGAUUCCGCUUCCAUCCGACCGACGAGGAGCUCGUCAGCUAUUAUCUGAAGCGCAAGGUUACUGGAAAGCCGAUCCGGGUUGAUGCGAUAUCUGAGAUCGAUCUCUACAGGGCUGAGCCAUGGGACCUCCCGCUUCGAUCCCGUAUCAGAAGCCGCGACUUGGAAUGGUACUUCUUUACGUCCCUUGAUCGCAAGUAUUCUAAUCGUUUGCGUACCAACCGCGCAACUAUAGAUGGGUAUUGGAAGACGACCGGGAAGGAUCGGUCCAUCCAACAUCGCUCUCGGACCAUUGGCAUGAAGAAAACCCUUGUUUAUCAUUCUGGUCGGGCACCGCGUGGUCAGCGGACCAAUUGGGUCAUGCAUGAGUAUCGUUUAGAGGAUGAGAAUCUCACCCGCGCUGGUAUUCCGCAGGAUGGCUACGUUGUGUGUAGGAUAUUCCAGAAGAGUGGGCCUGGGCCGCAGAAUGGAGCCCAGUAUGGUGCGCCGUUUAUGGAAGAAGAAUGGGAGAUGGAAGAGGAAGAUGCCAAACUUGUGCCCGUAAAUGCGGACCGAGAUGAUGCAGUGGUGGAUCCUGUUGGUCAGGAUUUUGUCCAGUUGGGAGAUUUUCUCCAGAAUCCAGACUCGAACAUUCAACAUCUAGCUGCUUUCCCAUUUGAAUCAAGGUCUGCGGAGCACGAGUUUGGUAGCCAAACAGAAGAUUCAACUAUCUUCGUGGAUGAAAUUUUUAAAGCCCUGGAUUCUUUGGAUGAUAUGACUCAGGAUGCGGAUUUUUCUGCUCCACAGGUUACUAACACUACUCUUAACAGGCUUGGAGAAAGGGAGGGUCCUGAAGAUCAGUCAAAAUUUACUUCAAUUCAUAGUAAUGGAUAUGUGCAGUUAGAUGAUAUUUUUGUCGAGGGUAACGCAAACUUCUGCUCUGACGCACACUUAAGUCAUUGCACAUUGGAGAAAGGUAAUAAUAACUCAGAGGUGGAUGGCAUGUGUCCUUCAAAAAUCUUACUCCAAAAGCCUGUUGAAGGGGACUCGCCUAGUGCUAAUUCUACCAACCAACUAGAUCAGCUACAGAUGUGCCCAGCUGUUCAGCAUGAUAUGUUUCCACAACCUUUUGAUCCUUUGGAUGCUGUGCCUUGGGAAUAUUCUGGUCAAUUGGCUGAGGGUAACUCAGUAUAUUAUGAUGCACUCAACCAUGAAGUUCCGUAUUCAGAAGACGGUUUUACAUUUGAAGCUUCUUUGUCACCCUUGGCGGAAUUUGACUUUUCGGAGGAUUUAAUGGGUUACUUUGAUGCUAAAGAUAACCUAAUUUAUGGUUCUCCAGAUCUCUUCCUUUCACAGUUCAAGCUGGCUAAUUCUGAUGAAUGGGUCGAGCCAAAUGAUUCACCUGAGGUUGUUGGAAGCAGUAGUUUGUCUCGCAAGGAUGUUUUUCAUGUUGAAGAAAAUUUAGUGCAGCAGUCUUCAUUAGAGAAGAAACGAACUGGUGAUGGACCUUUAGGUGGAUUGAAUGAUAAUCUAACUGGUAUGAUCAUUGAUUCAAACAGUUGACUUAUUGUCCUUGAU